AUGACUCUUGAAAUGGUGACCACUAUCGACAGACCAGAAAUCUGGAAUUGUCUUGUGCCGCAGGCGCUCAAACGUGGCAGUCGCAGAGUGAAGUUCGACCGUAAGCGUAUUAGCUACAUCAUGACCAAGAAUUCUAACAUCCAUUGCCCCUACAUCCUGCGACUGACAGCUCGGGAAACGACAUGGGGAGAGCCAAAUUACAGUCCUCCAUGGUGCUGGAUCGCAUCGAAGGUCCUUGCCCCGAAUGACAACAUCGGUAUCCAACAGUCUAACUAUGUCUGGGUCGACCAUGUCGAUUUAAGCUCUGUUCGUAUGACUCGUAGUCUAUCAUCUGAGGUUGACUUGAACACGUACAUACCUUCAUUCCGAUUCGGAACAGGCCAUAUCUUCAAUAGCGUAUUCGAAAAUAAUGAUGAUGGUAUUAAUACCCGCAACGGUACCCAGCUCCCCGUAGAAAAUAAUGUCUGGUCGGGAUUGACGAAAGCUGUCAGGAGUACUGACAAUGGUUCCGCUGUCUCGGUCGACAACGAAUUUAGCGGUGCGACGGGUACUGUGCCCACUGGUACCUUCACGGACCCCACCAUACAGUUGUUCAUUAAUUGA